AUGGCAAUCGACAAGCAAGAAGUAGAGAAGCUUAAGGCUAGCCUCUCCUCUUCGUCUGAAGUCCUGACUCCAGACUCCGAAGGCUACGAAGAGAGCAUCAAGAGAUGGUCGAGUGCAGCAGAGAAACUGGCAGGUCUGGUUGUCCUUCCUUCAACCGCCGAAGAUGUUUCCAAAGCCAUUCUCUUCAGCAAAGCCAACAACCUUGAAGUAGCGAUGCGUCACGUGUCCGUUGAUCCCAAAACCAACACAAUCACCGCUGAAGGAGGCUGUCUCUGGGCUGAUGUUGACAACGCUGCUGCGGAGCAUGGUCUUGCAGCUGUUGGAGGAACUGUGAACCACACUGGAAUAGGAGGCCUAACACUUGGAGGUGGGUAUGGUUACCUGACUGCAGCACGUGGAAUGGUGGUAGAUAACCUCCUCUCGGUACAAUUCGUCCUUGCCGAUGGGAGUAUCCUCACGGCCUCUUCCACCGAGAACCCAGAUCUCUUUUGGGCAUCGAAGGGAGCAGGCAUUGGAUUCGGAGUCGCUACAUCCUUCGUCUACCAAGCGUACGAACAGAAAGAGCCUGUCUGGGGAGGCAUGGUAGUCUUCCCCAGGACACAACUCCACGAAGUCUUGGCAUUUGGAAAUCAACUGCUCACCGACACAAGUGGGAAAGUAUUCAUGCUUGUGGCCUUCGGGGCUCCCCCUCCAGCCAUGCAGCCUGCGAUAAUGGCCCUUUUGUUUUACAACGGUACAGAAGAGCAAGGGAAAGGAUACUACGAGCCAAUUCUCAAACUCGGUCCACUGGCAGACAUGACGGCCGUCGUCCCCUUCGCGAAAAUGAACGAGAUGCUUAACGGCGCCAUGUUCCAUGGUGCCCGCAGAACAAUGAAAGGCUCCGCUUUCCUCGGUCCACUCGACACCAAGUUCGCCGAAGAAAUCUUCGAUGACUAUCAAGCUUUCAUCACUCAAGUGCCUGAUGCGAUCAUGACGAUCGUGGGGUGGGAAUUCAUGCCUUAUAACAAGAUUCUUGAAGUACCGCAAACUGCCACCGCGUUCGCGAAUCGUGGUGCUUAUGGGAAUCUUGUAUUUGGGCCCGGAUGGACGGACCCCAAGAACGACAGUGCAUGUAGGGAGUGGACGAGAGUUAUGUCGAAGAAGGCGAGGGCGGAGUUGGAGAAAGCGAAGGCGAAGGGCACGGAUGCUGAGACCCAGCAGGCCGUGGGUGAGUAUGGAAACUACGAUUCUCUUGGUGAAGGAGGAAAGGUUGUAUUUGGCGUGAAUUUCCCGAGACUUGCGGAAUUGAAGACGCGGUAUGAUCCAGAGAAUGUCUUUUCGAAAGGGCCAAGCUUGGUUGCGUGAGACGAAGUCAGACAGUUGGAG